GGGGGUCUUUCCUGGGGCAAGAGGCCAAAGAGGCCAGACAUGGGCUAGGGGAGGCUUCAGGGCGCGCUUUGUACCUUACUGAAUUUUGGAGACUUGGGGAGUUCUGGUUUGGCCUCCAAGAGCUGGCUCUGCGCGCCAUGGCCUGGGUGGGAGAGCCCGGCAGCACGCCAAGAAGCUUCUGUGCGCAGACAGGACCUUCCUUGUUUUUGAUAGUGGCCCGGCGGGAACCCAGCGCCGCGUGCGUUCCUGGCACUGCCAGAGCGCGCCGAGCCAGCUUGGUAGAACUGGCUAGGAAGCUCUGGGUUCUAUGGGCCUUCCAUGAAGGUUCCAUCGCGGGGUGGCACAAGGGAUCUCAGGAGCUACCAUGAUGCAGUACCCUUCCCAGGGGCCGUUGGGAGGUCCUUCGCUCAGCGUUCUCUUUCUCUGCAAUCUCUCGGCCAGAAUGGCCCCCACGUUGCAACAGGCGUACCGCAGGCGCUGGUGGAUGGCCUGCACCGCUGUGCUGGAGAACCUCUUCUUCUCUGCGGUGCUCCUGGGCUGGGCCUCCUUGCUGAUCAUACUCAAGAACGAGGGCUUCUAUUCCAGCUUAUGCCCAGCUGAGAACAUCACCACCAACACUACCCAGGACCAGCAACACCAGUGGCCCAGCUGUGACCAGCAGGAAGAGAUGCUCAAUCUUGGCUUUACCAUUGGCUCUUUCCUGCUCAGUGCCACCACCCUGCCACUGGGGAUCCUCAUGGACCGCUUUGGCCCCCGGCCCCUCCGGCUGGUUGGCAGUGCUUGCUUCGCUGCAUCCUGCACCCUCAUGGCCUUGGCCUCUCGGGACACGGAAGUCCUGUCUCCAUUGAUAUUCCUGGCGCUGUCUCUGAAUGGGUUUGGUGGCAUCUGCCUCACGUUCACUUCACUCACUCUGCCCAACAUGUUUGGGAACCUGCGCUCCACUUUCAUGGCCCUCAUGAUUGGCUCCUAUGUCUCUUCUGCCAUCACUUUUGGAGGAAUCAAGCUGAUCUACGAUGCUGGGGUGCCCUUUGUGGUCAUCAUGUUCACCUGGUCUGUCCUGGCCUGCCUUAUCUUUCUGAAUUGUGCCCUCAACUGGCCCAUGGAAGCCUUUCCUGCUCCUGAGGAAGGUGCUUACAAGAAGAAGAACAAUCUUGCUGGACUGAACCUGGACCACAAGCUCACGGGUGACCGCUUCUACACCCAUGUGACCAACGUGGGUCAGCGGCUGAGCCAGAAGGCUCCCAGCCUGGAUGAGGGGGCUGACGCGUUUCUCGCAUUCCAGGACGCCCGUGACACCUCAGAAGACCUUCCUGAGAGGGCACCCCCUGCUGUCUCUCCACAGUCUGUCCCCUUCCGCAAGAGCCUCUGCUCCCCCAUUUUCCUGUGGAGCCUUGUCACCAUGGGCAUGACCCAGCUCCGAGUUAUAUUCUACAUGGCCAUCAUGAACAAGAUGCUGGAGUACCUCAUGACCGGUGGCCAGGAGCAUGUGACGGAUGAGCUGAGACAAAAUGUGCAAGAGACAGUUGGGUUCUACUCCUCCAUCUUUGGGGCCAUGCAGCUGCUGUGCCUUCUCACCUGCCCCCUCAUUGGCUACCUCAUGGACUGGCGGAUCAAGGAUUGCGUGGACUCCCCAAAUGAGGGCACUGCUCUCGGAGAUGCCAGGGAUGGGGUCACCACCAAGUCCACCAAACCACGCUACCGCAAGAUCCAGAAGCUCACUAAUGCCAUCAACGCCUUCACCCUGACCAACCUCCUCCUUGUGGGUUUUGGUUUCACCUGCCUUAUCAGCAACUUACACCUCCAGUUUCUGACUUUUGUCCUGCACACCAUAGUUCGAGGAUUCUACCACUCGGCCUGUGGGGGCCUGUACGCUGCCGUGUUCCCAUCCAACCAUUUUGGGACGCUGACAGGCCUGCAGUCUCUCAUCAGCGCCGUGUUUGCCCUCCUCCAGCAGCCGCUCUUCAUGGUCGUGGUGGGACCCCUGCGAGGAGACCCCUUCUGGGUGAACCUGGGUCUCUUGUUAUUCUCACUUCUGGGAUUCCUGCUACCUUGCUACCUCUUCUACUACCGUGCCCGGCUCCAGGGGGAGUAUGUCACCCAUGAGCCAGGCCCACAGAAGACGCUCAGCAUCUCCAAGGGGGCAGCAUAGACGUCUGAGGCCAAGAAACUGGAUGACAGGAAACGAAGGCUUGAGAGACCAAAGGGAACACCCGGACGGCUCCCUACCUGUCACAUGUGCAUGGAGCCCGGAGCCGUGCAUUUAAAAAAUACCAAGAGAAGGUCUAUUUUUAUAGGGACUUGCAAAAAGGGGUGGGGAUAACCUUAAGACAAUAUUUCCCAAAGCAACUCUCCAGGGACUGAAGAAGCCUGUGCUGGAGGAAUUGGGCCUUCUUCCUUGGACAGAGGAGACCAAGGCGUGAGGCUGCCCUUUCUCCAGGCCUUUGUCCCAGGGGCCUCAAGGGUCCUGUCUUCUGGUGCCUCUGGAGGACUGUGGGGUCAGUGAGCAGGCUACCCCUGCGGCCCCAGCUGCCAGGAGUGUGAGUACCUGUGUGUGCUGUGACAUACCUUCCCCCAGAGGAAAGGGGGCUCAAGGUACUGGCUGUGUCCUGUACGGGGUGCGGGGACAAGCCCCUUGCAGGACUGGAGGGCAGGUUCCCUCUCUGGUGCUGCUGCUCUCAGAUCCGAGAGGAAAUAAAAAGGGAGUGGGAGACUGGC